UAUCACACAAACACAGGACAGGGGACAACUCAGAGGUUACUGCAGAUGGCGACGUCGCGGGCUGAGAAAGUGACGGAGUUCCUCACUUGUGUGAUCUGCCAGGAACUGUACACAGACCCCUGUACACUGAGAUGUGAUCACACAUUCUGCAGGAAAUGUGUCACAGGAUACAUCAAAACCAGACCAGAUGCUAUACAGUCCAAGACGAUCCCCUGUGCCUUCUGUCGACAAGAUACCAAGGUCCCCAGCCCCAGCAGGCCUGUGGAGGAGUGGGCGGGGCAGAUCAAACCCAGCAUUAUUAUACAGGGGCUGAUUGACACACAAGCUGACGUUGUCAAAACAGGUUCCGCUUCAUGUUGCUCAGUGUGUGAGAAGUUAGGGGAGACAACUCCGGGAGCCUCAUGGUGUUCCAAUUGUAAAGUGUCUCUCUGCGAGAGAUGUGUCAAGAUGCAUCGUGCAAAUCCUGCAUCACAUGGCCAUGAGAUCUGUGACCUUUCCGGGAAGGUGAAGGUGAAGAGGAGGCGUAAGGUCAUGUGCAGGGAACACAAGGAUGAAGUUAUAAAGCUUGUCUGUAAAGACUGCCACAAAGCCGUGUGUCAGACAUGUUGUGUUAUUUACCACAGGCAAUGUGAGUCUGUCGUUACCUUAGAGUCAAUGUUGCCAACCAUGACCCACGAUUUGAGAGAGAAGGCUAAUGUAUUGUCAAAGAAUAUACAUAGGAAACAAACAAUUGUUCAGAAAACAAACAAGAAGGUUAGCGGAAUUGAGAAAAACAAAGUAGCAGCAGAAAGUCACAUCAAAUCUGUUGUUGAGAGAGUCAUCGCCAACAUCAAGCAGAAAGAAAACCAACUGAUAAAUAAAGUCAGGGAUAUUUCAGACAAACAAACUAAGCAACUUAAAGCAGUUGUUAAAUCUGAAGAGAUUGAGAUGCAGAUGUCCAAACAACAUUGUGAGUUCAUUGACCAGGCCUUGGUAUCGGACUGUGAGAAGGACCUGUAUGAUGCGUAUCAGGCCUGGGAGUCGAGGGUUGUGGAGUUGGGGGAUUUCAGGGACACAGACACAGUAGACAAACAGGAAAUAGAUGGCAUCAGGUUUAUGCCUGACAUGGACAAUAUCCAGUACAUCCUGAAUGAGCUUCAGUUGGGGAAGAUUGACGUCACACGCCAGGAUCAAAGUACAUGUCUGCCGUCUCCAGUGCGGGUGGACAUGAUAGAUGGAAGGAUGGCGAGUGAUGAGGGGAAACCGGAUCUACAGGACAUCACAGUUCUAUUUGUAGACGGUAUACAAACAAUUGUAGUCAGUGACAUGGGGAACAAUUCAUUGAAAUCUUUCUACACCAGAAAAAAGAAGCCAUGUCAUAGUAAACUCCCCCUGGGUGAACUGCUAUGUGGUGUAACACGGUUGAAGGAGAACCAGGUGCUGGUUUCUGUUGCUGCGUCCCGUGAGAUUGUCACAGUUGAAGUGACCCCAGACCUGAAGCUCGUGUCGACUAUAACAACAAGCAAAACGUACAUAAGUCUCGCUGUUCUGGGUCCUUCAUCUCUCGCAGCAGGUACUGAUGACUGUGUCGAUAUCCUGGACAUGGCGGGACACGUGCUGAGGUCAGUCACCACACACAACAAGGAUGCAUUGUUUGCUAUGCCCUACAACAUGUGUGUCAACAACAAGGGCAACAUACUCGUGUCUGACUGUGAGAAGAAGUCUGUGACAUGUGUGACGCCAGAGGGGGGUGUUGUGUGGAGAUACGCCCCUACCGGAGACAGAGCUCUCAGUAUGCCUGCUGGUAUCACAACUACCAGCACAGGAGACAUCUUGCUUGCAGACAUGAAAGCCAAGAAGAUGAUACAGCUGACAGAUUCAGCGGAGUAUGUCGGAGAUGUUGCCACGUCACAGGCCGCACAUUGUGUUUUUUGCGCGAUACAUGUAGAUAGGCAUGACACACUGUAUGUGUGUGGUGAAAGUCAGAUACGCAAAAUCAAGUUCAUGUAGUCACAUCAAUGAUUGAAU